ACCUGCCUCUGUACGGCAGGGUGUAGCUGAUUAUGAAGUAUCUUAGUAUCUUUGCUCUCUUUGUGGCUUUGUUCUCUUCUGCUCAGGGCCAAUAUCGUGGAACUGUUCGACUAGUUAAAAAUGGAGUUUCCUUAUCGAAUUUUUCAUCUGGAAUAGUUCAGAUCUAUUACGGUCCAAGCGGUUCUUACAUGACCAGUUGGGGCAAUAUUUGUGAUGAUAGUUCAUUUGAUUAUAAUGAAGCUAAUGUCAUUUGUAACCAGUUGGGGUAUGAUGGAGUAUCAACCUAUGGUAGAGCUGGUAACACAACAAGCUAUGGAACUGAUGCUGCUGCUACAAUUGUUGAUGAUGUUGACUGUUUCAGUAGUAGCUAUUUGACACUCCAGCAAUGCAGCCUUUCAACAGAUAUUAAAUCCUCUUGUAUCAGUGACAGUGAAGAUGUCUAUGUAUCAUGCUAUACUACUAGAAUCUGGGAAAAUCCUUAUCCUGGACAGAUUCGUCUACAAGGAGGUACUUAUACAAGUUUUGGUAGACUGGAAGUAUAUUGUAAUGGACAGUGGGGUACAGUAUGUGAUGAUAGCUUUGAUGCAACUGAUGCUAGAGCUGCCUGCCGUCAGUUAGGAUACAGUGAUUACACCCCAUAUGUGUCUGGAAACUUUGCUGGGCCUAGUUCUCAACCUAUUUGGUUGAACAAUGUCACUUGUAGCAGCACUUCAAAUUGUCUUGCUACUUGUGAAUCUUGUCCAGCUACACAAUAUCAUAACUGUGGGCACAAUAGAGAUGUGGUUUUAGGAUGUGAAUUUGAUGAUUUCUAUAUUUUUUCCAGCAAUACACUGAGGACAUGUCAAUAUGCUACAUUGCCAGAUCGUGGAACUGUUCGACUAAUUAGAAAUGGAGUUUUCCUAUCAACUUAUUCAUCUGGAAUAGUUCAGAUUUAUUAUGGUUCAAGUUCCUCCACUGCAAGCAGAUGGGGCAAUAUUUGUUAUGAUACUUCAUUUGCUAGCACUGAAGCUAAUGUCAUUUGUAACCAGUUGGGGUAUAAUGGAGUAUCAACCUAUGGUGGAGCUGGUAGCACAACAAGCUAUGGGACUGAUACUGCUGCUACAGUCCUUGAUGAUGUGAACUGUUUCAGUAGUAGCUAUUUGACACUCCAGCAAUGCAGCCUGUCAACAAUUAUCAAAUCCUCUUGCACCAGUGACAGUGAAGAUGCAUAUGUAUCAUGCUAUACUACUAGAAUCUGGAAUAAUCCUUAUUCUGGACAGAUUCGUCUACAAGGAGGUACUUAUUCAAGUUAUGGUAGACUGGAAGUAUAUUGUAAUGGACAGUGGGGUACAGUAUGUGAUGAUAGCUUUGGCUCAACUGAUGCUAGAGUUGCCUGCCGUCAGUUAGGAUACAGUGAUUACAGCACAUAUACUGGAAAUCUUGCUGGGUCUAGUUCUCAACCUAUUUGGUUGGACAAUGUCAUUUGUACCAGCAGCACUUCAACUUGUCUUGCCUAUUGUGAGUCUUGUCCCUCUUCACAAUAUCAUAACUGUAUUCAUAGUGAAGAUGUUGCUUUGGGAUGUGAAUUUGAUAGUUCCUAUACUUCAUCCACUAAUACACUGAGUACCUGUCAAUAUGCUGACUCUUUAUCAUCAGUUACUAGCAGCAUUGCUGCUAUCAUUGGAGGUGUUAUUGCAGGAAUUGUUGUAUGCAUUGCUAUUAUAGUAGCAAUACCAAUAUGCAUAUGUUGCUGUUUGGGUGUUGGAAUUGGUGCUGCUGCUCGUGGCAGUAAUAGAACUACAGCAACUGUUGUUACUGGAGCAGCUACUACAACUGAUGUUGUUGCUGUAUCAACCACCACUACUAAUACUAGUAAUCUUGCUGCACCUCCUCCUCCUGCUUAUGAUCAACAACCACCACCUCCUGCAGCUUAUCCUGCUACUGGUUAUGAUGCAGAAAAAGCUCCUUAUCCACCUCAGCAGGGAUAUCCUGCUCAGCCUGGCUAUCCACCACAACAGGGAUACCCUGCUCAGCCUGGUUACCCUCCACAGCAGCAGGGUUAUGGUUAUCCUCCUCCUUAUUAAGGACUUGUGCCAACUGAUUGAGAGUACAUUUAUUAACAUUUUGUGUGUUUAGUUAUUGUGCUUCUUUUUGUAGUUUUGUAGUAGAAAAAUUUUUAGUUGCUUUUUAAUCUAGUGACAUUUACAGACAUAAAA